AUGAGUGUCAAUGAUACGAUGUCCCGCCAUCAGUUGGCGGGCAAGAGUAUCAUCGUCGCCGGCGCGGGAAUUGCUGGUCUGGCAGCUGUUCGAGGCAUCCUUCGGAACUGGCCGCAAGGAGCCCAACGACCACACAUCACGGUCUACGACCGUGAUCCUCGCAACCUCCCGAACGAGCGUGGAAACUAUUCUCUUGGCCUCAGGAGCGACUCACGCUCAGGCGGACUUCAGGCGUUGCGUAGACUCGGCCUGAUCGAUCAGAUCUACAAUGCCAGAGUGGUACAAUCAGAUCAUGGCGUAUUGAUUAGCGACCGGAAUUUCAGGUCACUGCUGCCGAACAGACGUAAGCCUGCGACGCCUGUUGAAGGCCUUCCAGCAAAUGAGAUGAGGAUUACACGCAACGACAUUCGCGAAGUCAUGAUUGAGGCAGUCGAAGAUGAAGUCGAGAUGGAGUGGAACUUGAUUUGCAAGACUGCUGCUGUGCUCAAAAAUGGCCGAAUGGAGGUGGGACUGAGUGACGACACGAUGGAAGAAUGCGAUCUACUAAUUAUAGCCGAUGGUGCGAGCAGCAAACUCCGGGCUAGCCUUCGACCUGAUGAUGGGCUUAGCUACGCUGGUGUGGUAGUGAUUGGUGGCAAUGCCGACUUCCCUGACGGUAAAGUGCCACCCACCUUAAAAGACAACUUCGGCAUGGUACUUGGUGGCGAUGGACACAGUCUAGUCGUCUGGCCGAUCGUGGACAACAAAUUCGUGUGGUUCGUCACCCGUCGAGACCCAAAGCCUGCUGUCGUUCUUCGCGGCGAUGAAGCUGCGGGCAGAAAGGACGAGCUGAUAGCAGAAGCUCUGCGGGAAGGAGCCAUCUUUUCGGAACCCUUUCCUUCGCUCGUCGCAGCAACGGAUCCUGCUUCGCUGAAGAUCUUCAAUGCUCAAGAUAAGCCGCCAAUCGCGCACCCGCAGGAUCCUUUUCUGCCGUACGUGUUCGUUGGAGAUGCUAAUCAUGCCAUGAGCCCUUUCGCGGGUAAUGGCGCCAACAUGGCCAUCGUCGAUGGCGCCGUCCUCGGCGAAGAGCUAUGCAAAUCUGCAACAGUGGCGGCCGCCGUAGCUGAGUUCGACAAGGACAGCAUCCCUCGAUCUGCUGCCUCGAUCAAGAAAUCGCACCUGGUUAUCAGCGUCGUACAUGCUACGGGAUGGAGACACUGGCUCGUACUUCUCCUUGCGCGCAUCUUCGGAUUCUUCCUGAGGUGA